AAUCUGUAAAUCAACAUUUUGCUCUCAUUGCCGAUUUAUUUCCAUUUAUUUAUUUCUGUGCCACUCAGAUGUGUGUUACCGAUUUUUUUGCCAAAAAUAAUGUACAGAACUUUGUUGAAAUAGAUUCCUGCAUUAGUCAUCUGUGAAAAUUUUGUUGUUCCUGAUUAGGAAUGUGCGGAAUUUGUGCUUCAGUUGUUCUGCGCUCAGCGGAAGAUAAAAUUCCUAGUCAAGAUGUUAACUCCGCAUUAACUCAAGAACUCAAGAAUCUCUAUAAGCGUGGGCCAGAUUAUAUUCAGAAUUCCUCAACUACAUUCUGUGAUGUGGUAGACCUGUUCUUCUGCUCUUCCGUCUUGCAUCAUCGUGGAACUUCGAUUGUGCAACAGCCCGUAAAAGAUGAUUUAGGAAACAUUUUACUAUGGAAUGGUGAAGUUUUUGAUGGCCCUUUGAUACCAGAGAAAUGUGAUUCUGACACUAGACUUUUGUCAGAAAAGUUGUUCUCUCUUUCAAAAGUGGAAGAGAUUUUAGAAGUUUUUAGCUCUAUACAAGGUCCUUAUGCAUUUAUUUUUUAUCAAAGUUCUGGAUAUUUGUGGUUUGGACGAGAUAUAUUUGGACGCAGGAGUUUGCUUUGGAGUUUUGGAAAUCUUGAGUUUCAAUUAUGUUCUGUGUCUUCUUUCAACAAAACUAAUUGGGAAGAGGUUCCUGCUGAAGGAUUAUUCUGUUUGGAUUUGGCUCGAAGCAUGCAUUCCAAGUCACUCAUCAUCACCAAAUACCCGUGGUCCACCACUGCAUCUGGGAAAACAAAUAAAUUUCUCCAGGAGGACCGUAUUCCCAGUCAGCCUACCAUAGUCACGCACCCAACGUUAAAGCUCAGCCCUCCUAUCAGAAAUCCUUUGAAUGUACUGAUCCCUACAGAAGAGGAAACACUCUGUGACAUGAUGAAUAUGACGCAGUGUUCUGAAAAAGAAUUUUUCCAAAAACUGUUGAGCUUGCCUGAUUUUUCUACUGCUGUUGACGCCUUCGAAAAAGUACUUUCCGAUGCUGUGGGAAAACGCGUCUGCAACAGGCAUAGGAUUUGCAAGAAAUGCUAUGCUCUUCGUCACGUAGAUGAUACUAGUGACAGAUGUGGGCAUUCUUCUUUGGGGGUUCUGUUUUCUGGCGGCUUGGAUUCCAUUGUUAUUGCUCUUUUAACGGAUAGAUACUUGUUGGAAGGUGAAUCAGUUGAUCUCAUCAAUGUAGCUUUCUCCAAGUCAGAAAACAAAUCCAGAAAAAUGAGUGAUCAAUCUUUCGACACACCUGACAGAAUUACAGGGAAGGAUGGUGUCAAAGCUUUACGAAAGAUCUGCCCUAAAAGAAAUUGGAACUUUGUUCAGGUCAAUGUUGACGAAAAAGAUCUUUUUUCCAAAAGAAAUGACACAAUAAGUGAUCUUCUUUCUCCAUCUUGUACAGUUCUGGAUGAUAGCAUUGGAUGUGCUUUGUGGUUCGCUGCAUGGGGUGAAGGAACCUUGGAUUCUGUUAAUGAUGAAGCUUCCAAAACAUACACCUCUCCUGCACGAGUGAUGCUUCUGGGCAUGGGAGCAGACGAACAACUGGCGGGAUACUCAAGACACCGUGCCAAGUUCAAAAAUGGAGAGUGGACAACUUUAAUUGAAGAACUCUCUAUGGAGUUGGACAGAAUUGGAUCCAGAAAUUUGGGACGAGAUGACAGGAUCAUUUCAGACCAUGCGGUGGAAUCUCGCUAUCCUUUUCUGGAUGAAGAAGUUGUUUCAUUCUUAAAUAGUCUCCCUGUUUGGUUGAAAGCAAAUCUGAACUUUCCAAGGGGAGUUGGAGAGAAAUUACUUCUGAGACUUUUAGCUGCUAAAUUAGGUUUAUUAGAUGCUGCCACACUCCCAAAAAGAGCAAUACAGUUUGGCUCUCGUAUUGCACGCAUGGAAAAUUCUAAGGAAAAAGGAUCAGAUUUUUGCCAACGAUUGAAAGUUUUAUGACAUUGUUUUAUAUUCUGUGUAUAAAUGAUACUAAUUAAAUAUGGUUUUCAUUGAAAUAAUGUAACAAUGUAUUAUAUUCCAUUCCUUAAAUUUACUCAAGGAAACUUUCAAUAAAUUUGCCAAACUCUGA